AUGAGGGAGUGGAUCGCACAGUGCAGCCAGGACAGCUCUAAUGUGGACAGCAGUCACGUAUCUUGGCCUGACUCUUCUAAAGUGCCUGUAAACGGUAAGCCGCCACUCUUUCAGCGUUCUGAGAAAUGUCUGAAUCACAUCAGACGCCGAUUCACUCAGCCUGACUUCCUUUCAGGUGAUGGAAAAGACCUUUUAGGCAAAGUGGCCGACCUGAAGCACGCUCACCGCAAACUGAGUGAGCAGAACAGCGGCCUAAUGAGGACGGUGGCUCAGUGUGAAGACGUAAACCUGCAGCUCACCCUGGAGGUCACUGAGCUGCGAGCAAAGCUGGCCAGUGCUCAGGGGUCAGCAGUGAGAGCCAGGUCCCUGACAGAAGAACUGGAGGAGACCCGCCGGGCGUUCAAAGAGGCCCAGGACAGAGCCAGCCGCACUCAGACCAGCUGCAACCAACUGAGCAAAGAUGUUGAAUGCCUGAAGGUUCACAUCAGAAGGCUUGAAGACAAGAAUGAAAAACUCAGCUUUGAAAGGACAUGUUCAGAAGAUAGUAUCAACAAACUCCGGAAGGUCAAUGCUGAGUUGAGGGCCGAACUUGAGGAAACGCUGAUUAUGUUGACGCUGAGAGACCGAGAAAUCGCAAAGAAAGACAUUCUUAUGGAUAAGAUGAAGAACUCUCAUGUGGAGAAUCACAGCAUGAUUGAGGGUCUGCAGUCAGAGCUGGCGAGGUUACAGGAACAUUCACACCAAGUUCUUUUGAGGUAUGACAGACACUGCAUCAGUCCUCAGAUUCUCUACAGUCGAGAUCCUCCAAACCGCCGCUCUCUGCAGAGCGAGAUGCAGGAUAUGCAGCAGCAGCAUCACAGAGAUCUGGACGACAAAAGCCUCCCGUCACUGCACACAAACAACGAUGAUAUCCAGAGCAUCAUCCACAGGAUUAGGUCUGCAGAAAUAGCUCAUCUUCUGCACAAUAAGUAUCCUGAGAGGGACUUUGCCCCUGUAGAAACACAGGAGAGGCCUUUUCCUGAGCGCCAGCAGCCACAGGCGAGCAUCAAGCAGCAGCUUGUCAAUGUGUAUGAGGAGAAAGGAGAGAAGGUGGAGGAGCGGUGGAGAACCUGGGAGAAGGAGCAGACUCAGAUCCAGGAGGCCAAGAAGGUGGCUGUGGUGAACUGGUGGAAAGCCCGCAGUGUCGAGGGGGCUAAGGCCCGGACAAAAGACACCCAGUCGGGCCAGGAGACCCCUGAAACUAAAGUUAAGCUCCAGCAAGCAGAGCAGACGAUCAUUGAUAUGAGGGAGCAGGUUUGCUUCCUGCAAACCUCUCUAAGAUCUGCACAGGAGUGUGUCGCGGAGAAAAAGAACAGCAGUCUUCAAAUUGACAAGGGAACCAACACUGAGAGAAAAGAACCAGACAGAGCUGUGAAGAAGGAUCAGAGGGAUGCCGCAGUGGCCACGGAUAUUACAAGUGGAGCCUCAGAGCAGGAGCAAACCCAGCUUCGGGUGACCACAGACGGCCUUCUGGAAACCUUCAGAAGGAUGGAGGCGAUGGUCAACAGCGCCUUGGAGACCGCCGAGCUGGUGAGAGAGAGCGAGCAGAGGGUGAGCCAGGUGAAAGUGAGGAUGGAGAGCAUCACUCAGAGGGUGGAGGAGGCUCUGGUACGAGCAGCCGACACUGACGAGCAGCUGGAUGUUUUGGAGGCCAGGAUCAUAGAAAAAGAUCAAACUCAGUCUCCAUGUCUCAGUCUGCCAGCUGAUCCUGGAUCAGACGUCACAGGCUCUACCGCUGAGUCCGUUGUGGAGCCGGAAGAGGGAGACGGUCUUCCUCCAUCUCCUCUCAUGCCAGAAGUCAGUGAGCCUCCACAGCUACCUAUGAAUGGUGACACAGGAGGAGGCAGCAACAGCAAGCUCCUGGAGGAGGAGGAACACUUCCUGCUAGGAUCUCCUCGUGAGCAAAGCGAUCCUAGCUUUGAGGAGUCCUGUGCUGACCCCUGCUCCGUUGAGCAACCUUUUAUUUUUCCCCACACUCGCUCACGCCCCCCACUGCUCCACACCAUGCCCACACUGCCUGAGGAAGAGGAGGACUCCCCAGAGGAACUGGACAGUUUGUCCAGCUCUCCCAGUACAUCUACACCAAGCAAAAUUCAAGCUGUCGUCAUGACUGCCCCCACCAUCGUCUACCCACAGCAGCCCACUAUUGUCCAACAAGAUGGACGUCCUCUGGAGCAGACCAGGCCACACAGUCCCAGAGCUCGCCUGGCCAGAAACUCCACUGGAGGACCCAUCACCACUGUCGACAGCACCGGUAAUGUGAUCGACCUGCUGAAAGAUCAGCUGCCGGAGAUGCAGCUCUCUGAGGAGGAUCGACAGAAGAACCUGGAGCUUCUCCAACAGGCCAAGAAGGUCAGCGACCGUUUCCUGACACGCCGCGGCCGCCGCUCCCUCACUGAUUUACCCUCAGGUCUUUCGCCAACUCCAACUCCGUCAUCCUCACCGUGUUCAUCCAGAAGCAGUUCACUGAUUGUUGCUCCUCAAACUGAGGCAAAAUAUGUCAACUCACAGUUAGUUGGGCAGCAUCUGGAAGGUUCUUCAGUGCGAGAUCAGCCUGACUUGACACAGGAUCAAGAGGGCAACAGACUGUUGGUGGACUGGAGGCCCUCUGAGAAGAGGAAAGUGUCCUCUGGGACUCUAACGCCCCGGUUUGCUGUUCAGAAGGAGAACUGUGAUCCUGCGGUACCUAAAAGUCCUACAGCAGUCGGUAAAGCAGAUGAGGGACCUGGGCCAGGUCGAAACCCCAACCAGGCCCAGGCCACAGGGGUGGCCAAGCCCGUCCCUCGACCCCCUACUCAACAGGCCCCCUGUACAGCAGAGAUCAAGACAAUUGGGGCCUUCCCUCCACUCAUGAGGGCCGUUUCCUGGGACGCUGUCGGCACCCUCAAUUCUAGAAAUGGCGUCCCAAGUUUCCCUCCAACAGCAGAGGAUACCCUCUCAGACAAGCCCAGGGAUGCUGCCUUCAAGUCCCCAGGGUUCAAGGACCUCCCCGCUCAGCAGGGAGGUGUACAGAAACUGUCUAAAUUCAGAGAGGAGCACAAGCUGAUGCGUAACCAAAGCAUAGGGGGAUCCAAGUUACCAGACUUGAGUGAAGCUGCUGAACAGGAAAGAGGAGCUCCACCUUCUCCAAACUCGGCCAGUAGUGAGGAGGCAAAGGAGAAGUUGGACGCCAUGCCAAACAUUUCAGAUGUGAUGCUGAGAAAACUCAAACUCCACCGAGGUCUACCAGGCUGUGCACCCCCUCUCACUGAAAAAGAAGUUGAGAACGCUUUUGUCCAGCUGUCACUGGCAUUUCGUAAUGACAACUACACUCUGGAGAUGCGGCUGAAACAGGCGGAGAGGGAGAGGAACCUGACUGAGGAAGACACCGAGAAAGAACUGGAAGAGUUCAAAGGAGCACUGAAGAUGACUUCGCCACAGUGGCAGAAUUUGGAGCAGCGUGAGGCCUACCAGCGCCUCAUAGAGACGGUAGCCGUGCUGCACCGGCUCGCCACGCGGCUCUCCAGCAGAUCAGAGAUCGUUGGAGCAGUUCGACAGGAGAAACGUAUGAACAAGGCCACCGAGGUCAUGAUGCAAUAUGUGGAAAAUCUGAAGAGGACGUACGAGAAGGACCAUGCAGAGCUGAUGGAGUUUAAGAAGCUGGCCAACCAGAACUCAAAUCGCUGUUACGGAGGGUCCGUAGACACUGGAGAUGACGGAGCUCCGCGGCCGUCAAGAUCGAUGUCCCUUACUCUGGGAAAGGCUCUGCCCAGACGUAGGGUGAGCGUAGCAGUGGUGCCUAAAUUUAACCUCCUCAACAUCCCGGGUCAGUCCCCAGCCAUAGCCGGCCCGGGCCCCAGCAUUGGACCCAUCGCUGGUGCUGCUCUUCCUGUCCUGUGUGAAGUGAAUUAUGUGAAAGCCAACGCUCCCACAGAGGCAGCACGACCAGCAACAGAAUGUGGAAAGAGUGUGUCGGAGCAGGAAAGGGUGCCAGCCAAGCCUCCAGUCAACAUAGAAGAGAUCAGAGCCGAGAUCAGAGCCGAGCUCAAGGCAAAGAUUGAGGAGGAGUCGUAUAAUAAAGGCUUACAAGAAGGACUGAAGCAAAGCAAAGUUCUCCAGGAGGAGGAAGACGCUGCAGAGAAAUUGCUGGAAUCGAAAAAUAAAGAUGAAGAGAGCGGAAAGAAGAGAAGGACAAGCAGGAGGAUGGAGGAGGUUCUGGUUCUUCUUGGUCGGUUUUGUCCCAAGAUUCCCCUGAGUCGACGACUUCUCUGGAUCGCCCUGACACUGUUUGUGGUGAUGUGUCUGGUUAUCAGUAUUUUUACAUUCUUCAGUGACUACUACAACAGACGAGAGGACACGUAAGCAGAGACGGACUUUAGUGCGAUGCAAGAGGAACAUCUUUGGACUGAGUGUAGCAGAACAACCAAAGAACCCAGUCGCCCUCUGCCAGUUGACCAUAUCACCACACUCGGACUCACUUGAAUCCAUCACCCUGACUCUCGAGGGCCAAAGACGUUUUGGGAGGCUUAAUGGAUAAUGUUGCCUUUUUUAUAGUUAACAGUUCAUUUUUAUUAAGUUAUAAUGUUUGUUUGGAUUUAAAAAAUUG